AAGGAAAAUGGUGGCGGGCCGUUGUCCCUCCUGAAUGUGAUGCAGUGAUGAGCGUUUGGUUCAUUGUAUCUUGAAAAAAGAGAAGAAAAAUGGUUUCUGCAAAAGCUUACAAAGUUCAAGACGUAAACAGGAAGAAGCGUGUUGGGAUUGUGGCGAACAGCUUGACCGAUCUGAAGCAUAAAGGUUCAACAAAGUUGGCGGUUCCCGGCGAUUGCAGAGUGUGCCUCGAAGAUGGAACAGAAGUUGAUGAUGAAAGCUAUUUUAAAACUCUUCCUGCGCAGACUGUCUUUGUGUUUGUUCGAUCAGAUGAGACAUGGCACGGAUGUAAGUAAAAAAAUUGAAGAGGUCAAUGCCAGUGAAGGUGUAUGAAGUGUCGAAGUUAAUCGAUCUAUUUUCCUAAGCAAAACAGGACAUUAAUAUUUAAAUGUAGCUGAAACGUUCUGCCGGCUGUCCUUUUCCAGCCACAAUUCUUCGAAAGAACACACUACAUGACUGUAUUUCCUUAACGUCUUGUAACAACUCAAUCUACUGUGUAUGAUCUAAAAAUGAGGUACAUAUUUGAACCCCCCCUCCCUUUCCCCGUAUGACUUUAGAUUCACCAUCCCAGUAUCAACCACUGUCGGGAAAUUUGUGCCUUUCCAGGGCAAAUGGGUGUGCCAAAUGUCCUGGAUAUUUUUGUUGUUGUAGUGGGGGUUUGUGGGGCUGUUAGGGUGGGUGUGAACUUGGAGAGAGAACUUUUUUCCCUUACUAUUACUUACUCUAUUUGAAUUUUGAUUGAUCCAUUAACUGAUUUCUAAAGGUACCAUUUUAAAAGCGUCCCGCAAAUUCAUUAUAUUUUUGGUAUUCUUACAUGCAGUCAGAGAUACACCUGUAGUUUUACAUCCUGAUUAAUAAAACUGAUUUUGCAUUCUGUCCCAUUGAAAGUAAGUGAUCUUGGCAUAAAGCAGACUUUUUACUUCUCACAUGUUUUUAAGAGCAAUAGUUGCUCCUACCAACUGGUUAAAAUAAUUUCAUUUUUGAAAUGUUUACACCAAACUUAUGUACAGUAGGAAGUUCAUUAAGAAGUUCAUUUUAUCGACUGUAACAACUCUGCAGCUACCAGUAGUUUGUGAAAGAAACUUUAAACAUUAAAAAAGAAAUUGAAAGAAGAUGAAAUUGAUGUAUCUUUGCUUCAUUAUUAGAUGUGACGGUGCUUAAACAAGCAACAGAGAAGAUAUUCAAGGCCAUGUCUCAGCGUGACAGAAUGAUUGAGCAGAUUUAUGAUUUCAUUCAUGGUUCAGAAUCUGAUGAAAUGUACUGUGUUAUGGUUGAACUGGUGAACCGUCUUGAUGAUAACAUUGAUGCUGAGGAGCGCAGCGAAGAUGUGACCUGGUUUGAUGGGCUAAGGCAGUCAUUUAACACUAAGGAAGAUGCAAUGCGAGAUGCUGCAAAAUCCAGAAUCAGAAAGUAUUUUUCUAAUGCAAAGGAAUCUUUUGAGAAGGUAUUUUGUGCAACUGUCUGUAUUUAUCAGAAUUCAGCUAUGUGAGUUUACUUUAAAUGCUAGACUAAGUGCCCAUGAUGUGUAUUUAAUUUUUUUGAUUUGAGACGGGGAUUGCAUUUUGAAGUAGGUCACUUAUUUGAAGGGGAUGGGAGUUCUUUUGUCAUUCAUUAUGAUUUUGACUUCAAGAUGACACUUGUCUUUGUUUUAAAUUAAUGAAAAAUUCUACAACAUUGAGUUAAACUAGAACAUAUCCUUUGGCAAUAAUUAUACUAAAAUAUUUGUGUGUGAGGUUUAUAUUGAUUCUUGGCUUCAAUAUUUUGUUGUAAUUAAAUUCACUUGCUUUCCUAGGGCGCUAUCAUCAGAGAAGUACAUGUAGUGUCAUUAAUAUCCAACUCAGGGCUCAAAAAAAUCAAGUCCUAACCAGUAGUUUGGGACAACUAGUUAGAUUUUCUUGCUGGGCUAGUAACUUUUAAGUUUUACUUACCCAAUGGACAACAGUGUUCUCCUUGAUUUUAGCUCAGCAGGUACAUGUACAUGUGCCUGUAUGGGACCGUUCAUGGCCAGUGAGGCCAAAAAUGCUCCAGAGGCACACCUUCCUGGGGAGGGGGAGGGGUGAUAGGGGGUAGUGGAGUGAGGGACAUACAGGUGUAGCCCUGCUCUCGCUGGGAAAUUUAGGACCUAAGUUCUCUAAAACGUCAUUCCCUCAUUUCAAGACCUAUUUUAUGCAAAUCAGCCUUUGUCAUCUCUAUACAACAAUUUAAAAGGUUGGAUUCCAAUAAUUUUACUCUGUCUUCAUUGUUCUCGUUCCAAAAUGCGCGGCCCAUAAAAGAAAGCUGUGUAUACAUCAUAGUUUAGUACUUUUGCACAUAUUCGCUCUUUUCCUUGAUUGGAUCAGAUCACAACUUGUGAAUUUUUUUAAAAGACAGUAUUCAAUUUUAGUAAACCUUUUAGCAGUUGUAGGCGGUAAGAAUAUUGUUGCUUCAGGUGGGAAAUUUUACCAGUGACUACCUGAUAAGGAGAACACUGGGCAAGAGUCCAGGCAUAUCAUCCUCUGACAAAAUCAUUAACUAAGACGAGCAAAAGGGGGCCACAAGCAAGCAAAAUGUGAGAGCUGCUUGCCCAAAGGACAAGCUAGAAUUUAAGAUUUUUUCGAGCCCUGCAACUGUGCGAUGUUGUCAAAUAUGUCACUGUAAAAUUAUUGUAAAUGUUGCACUUUAUUUUAUAUGGCAUAUCCGCCCUCCAGUAACAGGGCUCGCACAGUCUUGAGAAGUCCUUGAAUUUUAGGGGGAGUCCUUGGAAGGUCCUUAAAUUUGUGUGCAAGUCCUUGAAGUGUCCUUAAACUUUCUUCUGUGUCUAGUGGCCUGGAAAAUGCUUUUUGGUUGUCUGCGGCAGGUAUAAAUCUUAGCUCAGAGAAGUUAAAGGUGAUUUGCAUAAAGCGUUUUUUUGUUUUGUCCCGGAAGUCACUGUCAAUUUAAGACAAGUGAACUGAAAAAUGUAGAGGUUGGUGGAGCAAACAGUUCAAGCCUUAAAGUCCUGUUAGAGUGGACUGGGAAUGUGCAUUUUUGUACAAACUGUGAAAUUACAUUCCUGAAAAUCAAAUGUGGUCCUUGAAAAGUCCUUAAAAAUGGUUGUAAUGUUUUAUAUGAAUCCUGAUUUAAGGAGGAUGAAGGUAGGUGACAUGUUGGAGGGGAGCUAAUUUGAAGGGAGGUGCUUAAUUAAUAUUUUUAGCCAAAACGAGUAUCUAUGGUAAUUACAUGUACUCUUUCUUCACACGGUUAAAGCGAUCAUAAUAAUUUACCUUCUGGCACUUGAAUGAGUUUUGUUCAAUAAUGCUGCAACUAGAGCUGGCUAGUUACUGGAAUAAUACACGUAAGCUCUAGUAGUGUGGUGAAAAGAUGUUUGUUUUUGUUGUUGCUCUGUUUUGUCUUUCAGUUAUUGUAUAAUUUGGUAUUUCAUUGAAAGAGAGAGAGAAAAAAAAAACAAGCAAAACAAACAAACAAACAAACAAAGACACCAUUCUUAUUUAUAGCAUGCUGUUGAAUUAUAUUUUCAGGCAAGUAGAAAAGCUCAGUCACAUCUUUCAAAUACUCUGGAACAAUUUCAAGAUGAGCUUAAGAGACAACAAUACUAUGGAGACUACUUUGCUAGAUCUGCCAGUGAGAAACUCCGUCUCUGCUGUGACAAGGGAUGGUUUAGCUGUGAGGGACCUUAUGAUAAGGAAAACUGCUUCAAGUUACACAAAAUCAAUCCAUAUGGCAGCAAGGAAAGCAGGGUCCUGUUUAGCACUUGGAAUCUGGAUCAUGUGUAAGUUUUCUGUCUAAUUCUUUUUUUAUCAGUCCUUGUUGCUUUAUUGACAGUUUUCGAACCCCCCAUAUAACACUCUGUUCGUAAUCGCCCCUAGACCACUCACUGUCCCCUAUUUUUACGGGCGGCCAUUUUGGUUUCAAAUGUACCGAGUCUAGCCUGGGCAUGAGUAUUAAAUCAAGAGGGUGGGGGAUGAUCAACAUCGACGCCCAGCCGCUGGGGAAAAAAUAAUUGCGGAUGCCACAAGCAUAAUCUCCAGAUUGCUAUUACGCAUCCGCAGCACAUAUAAAGCCAAUAUUCGUUCAGACUUCCACUGAGAAUAGGGACCUUAAGCAUCGACGACGAAACGGAUGACGACGACGCUUCGCAGCCGAGGAAGGGUUUGGUUUUCGGCGGGAAGAACAAAGUUUAAGCGGUGCAGCUUCCCUGACAGACGACGACUUUUUGUAUUUGUCUGUUUUAGUCUUAUUAUGGCACUCAGAGACCUCCGUAAUUUUCUUCUCACAAGCCAUGGCGAUGGUUUAAUCGAUGAUGAUGAUGAACUUUUGUUUUUCUUUAAGAAAUGAUUUUAGAUUUCUUUUCUAUUCUUCGAAAAAAAGGAUGAUUUACACGCAUAAAGCACAAUUUUAUACUUAAGUUUUAGCGAGACUUCGUCCUCGAUCGCUGAAGUUCCGUCGUCCCAUUUCGUCCUCGAACGAAUGGAUUGCAUAGAACGCAAUGUGAACACGCGUGUUUGAACACCCCAUCACUCGUAAUCUGAACGCCGCGUCAUGACCUGCUAUCGCAUGAAAUAAAACUUACACAAAUCACAGCGUUGGAACGAGAGCGUCAGUUUGACCUUCGAUCGAACUCGCCCGCACUCGUGCUCCCUAACCUUUGGUUAGUACUAGCUAUAACGAUAACCAAAGUUUCGGCUUUUUUUACGAAGGGAGGGGAAUACUGACCUGAAACGGUGUUUUGUCUAUGUUUUUCCUCGUCAUAAAAGAAGACAGAAAGAAAACUGAAUCAUUAACUGACUCGAAUAAAUGUUUGGCAUCCAUCUAUCAACAGAAAUAGAUCGUCACGCUAUGUCGCUUUGCUAAAACAGAGAAAAAAAAAAAAAAAAAAAGAGAGAAGAAAGUUCUUCUUGUUCCGUUUAACGCUUAGGAGGUCAGCAAUUAAGAAACCUUCACGCGCGUUUUCACAACGAUGACUUGCUUAUUUUUAUGUACCGAGAAUAUCAGCGUGCACAACCAGAUCGUUUUCUUCUUUUUAUGUUACAUGUAUCAUGACACGUGCUGCAAGUGUGUCAGCUGUUACACGUAAAUCCGGAAAAGGGGGGAUUGAACGUAUCUAUUCAAUAUUGCAAUUACGAUGAGCGCUUUUUCUGGAUUUGCUAUGAAGCCGAGUUGUAACAAGACUGGUGAUUGCCUUGACAAGUCAGGUAAACUAAGCUCAAUGUCGUGACUACCAACAGUAGACUAAGAAUGCCUAAAUAACAAUUAUUUUUUGAUGUGAAAUGAAGGAGAAGAUAUUACGAAGUAAAACAGUUACUCUUUACCGUGAUGGGCGCGCAUUAAAAAGCAUAGAAAAGCAAGCUUGCAUUUCUCCGAGUAUGAUAACCAAUCUCUGGUAUCUUGUAUCGUCGACUGAUUUACAUUUAGCGCUUGCACUUUGAUAUCCGAGACGCGUCUUUCCUCGAGACUGAGAUUUUGCUUCUUGUUUUCGUGGCUUUUAGACCGGUGAGACUUGCCAUUAAGUGGCUCAAAAGAGCUGAAUGAUAAUUUCCACACUAAUACUUUAAUUGAUCAAAACGACCACUCUUGCCAAGUUGAUGAGUCGUAAGGCAAAACGAACGAGGCUCCAUUCGUUCUUUCUUUUUGGCAGCCGCAUACUUUUUUAUGGUUGCCAUGGUAACAGGUUACCCACCUCACCGAAACAAUUACCAUAACCUAUUCGUCAAUAAUUGAUGCCAAUAUUUAGAUAUCAACUAGUGCGGCCAUUAAUCAGUCCAAGUCAUGAUUAUCAAAGUCUAAAAGGCGAUUUUUAGUAGUCGUAGUUUUUGUCAAUGCGUACUGAUACACGUUUCAGCCGAUCACUCAAAGCUAUGUCCCAUUACAUGACAUCAUGUUUACGAGACUUGCAUUCUCGAGCCACUUGUCCUUGGAGAGUGAAAUGAUCUCAUUACACCGGAAAAAGUUCUUGAAAUUUAUGGAGUGCUGUUUUUAGAAACUUAACUUUUCAGCUUAUUCAGCGCACGUUCUACGUCCGGCAAACGGAUAAAGUUCAGUGAUUUAUAGAGAAUAAUAUAUAGAGAGAGAAUUUACGGCUGAAAAACUAGGUUAAUAAACCUUGUAACAUUUACCUACUAAUCUCUCGGAUAAUUUAUAGCUUGUAUUGAGUUUUGUCGAGGUGUCGAACCUGUAGAGAAUGUGCUCUGUAGCCCCUAUUCCAUUAAAUAUGGUACAAGUCUACCAUACAAAAACAACCCGUUUUGUUCGUUUUCUUUUCGUUUUUAUUAUUUUCCAUAAACACUUUAUUUAGUAAAGUGCCCGCUAAGAUUUUGUUUAGUUAAGUUGCGUAUGCCUACAGCUCUAUUUAAGCAAAUCUGAGUAUUUAUAAUGAUCCAUAGUGGUUGAGGCCGUGAUAAUUCUAUAGUUACUUUUAAACACGAAAUGGCUUCUUCCAUUGUCACGUCUCACAACCCCAUAAUUUACAAAGAGAUAGUUAACCCUACUGUGACCGGGCUUUUUCUCCCACAAUAUUCAGGAUAUUUGUUAAAUAAAACUUGUUUUCAGAUCAAGAAAAAGAGAUGAACAUUGAACAAAAUGGUUUCUGAAAAUGUGCCACCUCUGCUCCACGUCUAUUGAAAAAGUGCAUUUUGAAAUAAAAUUAUACUUUGUAUAUCAUUUUAGGGCCUGUUUACAUGGAGCUGGGGGGACCUCAGAUAGGUGAGGUGACAUGUGUGGGGUCACCCCACCUAUCGUGUAAACGUGAUCAAAUCAAAUGACCCCACCUAAAGGGGUUACCUCACUUACCUAGGGUCCCCCACCUCCAUGUAAACAGGCCCUUACCUUCCUUAAGGUUCACAAACUUUGAGCAUGUAUAUGUUUACCAUUAUUGUCAUUGAAGAAACGUUAAUUAAGGAUUAAAGACUUUUAGUUGCUUCUUUGUUUUUUCCCAAUAGAUCAACAGUUAAAACGUUACCACAACUCGAGAGCAUAUUGAAUCUGACAUACCGAGCAGACGUAAUUAAAUCGAAAUAUGCUUUAAAACUAAAGGAAAAUGCCAAUGAAUAUAACAAGCUGUGUGACGAUAAAACUACGAGCAAAAGUUAUAAACGCUCACUUAAGUGGGAGGAAGUGUUACUUCUGUUAUAACGGAUGACCAAUCAUGCAUAUUCGCGGCCAUUGAACUUCCACAAUUUUGUAGAGCAUACAAAGGUUAAAUAUUAAUAAGGUUUUAAACGUUUGUAAACUUUUUCAGGAUUGAGAAAUCGCGACAGAUUUUCCCAACGAUGAUUCAGGCUGCUGAAAAUUGUCCUAGAGGAAAGCAAUUGAACUGGAAGUACUUCUUUGAUCUUCUAUUUACGCGGAAAAAUCUUAAGCUUGUACAUGUUGGUUGCCAUUUUAAAGGAGAGCACGAAGGCUUUGAAUGUCAAUCCAAGCAUUUUUAUACCAAAUCGAAACGUUAGAGCAAGUAUGGCUUUAAACUUUUUUAAUCAAAUACAUGAUGUAGCAAAAUAAUAAUAGUACUUUGUAAGUUAGUGAGAAACAUGAAUCCUCAAGUACUUUCCAGGAACAGUCGAUAGUUAAAUUGAGUUGAAUUAGUUCAGCAGUUUUUUAUUUCCUGUCUUCAAAGCGCUUACAGAAUAACUAAGAAUGUGAGAAACAGCCUCUGCGCCCGUAAACUUGAUACUGAUUUUGCAACCAUUUUGUAUGCUUCUAGGGAGAUAUAAAAAUGUUCACUUGAAAACGAUCCCCCUCUGAAGAAUAUACUUGUCUUCUUAACUUCCGUUUGUUCUUUCACCUUACCACAAGAUGUGUGUAUUUACUUCGUCAUUUAACGCAUUACAUUUUCUUUAGACUGUUUUCCUACUCCUAGGCCUUGUCGGAUGGCUCCUCCUAAAAUGUUCUACAAAUAGUAUAGAAUUUAAUUGAGCAGAAACCAAUUGUGGAAUUGCACACGUUUUAGGCAUCCUACUGAUGAACAUUUACGACGUUUUGAUACAGCGAUUUUCGUAUGACCUUGAAGAAUGGUUUCGGUAAGUGUUCGUCAUUUGUUUUAUCAGCCAAUGGAUAAAAAGUUCAAAACUGGAUAGGCUCUUCGUUUUCCCGCCAAAGAAAACCCAAAUAUGGAGAUGGCAUUGUUCGAUUGGCCAAUCGUGUUGCUGUAUGACGUCAAAGCAAAGAAUCGAUUGAUUUCUAGUAAGUUCUCGUGCGUUCGUGUAACCAACCAAAAGCCACGCGCGUUUGUAUCC